AUGAACAUGAUUGAAAUCGUUAAAGACUAUGUUGAUAACAUGUUGAGCGAAGUAUAAGGUAGAAAAGCUCUAAUCCUUGAUAAAGAAACAUUAAAAAACAUUCCCGCAGAGAAGUUAACUCAUCUUAAAGCCAUAUUUUUCUGCAGAUGCAGUGAAGACAUUAUCAAUAAGAUAUGCAUAGAACUUUAAGAGCCUAAAUUUGCAUCUUACAAUCUCUGUAAUUACUAUUUCGCUAAAUUAAGUAUAGACUUUUCAAAUAGUUUGUUUAACGAUAAAAUCUAAAAAUUGGCUGAGUCAGAUAUACAAAAUGUAGUUAAUCAAGUUCAAGAAGUCUAUGCUGACUUCUCAAUUAUUAAUGAUGAUCUCUUCAAUUUAAACAUUCCAUCAGUAAUUGGCAUGACUGAGCCUUUGCCUAAAUGGACUAUCAGUGAUCAGUAAAACUUUAACAGAAUGAUUGAUGCUUUAUACUCUGUAGUUAUGGCAUCAAGAUCAAAUCCCUUAAUUAGAUUUCAAGCAAGAUCAGAAAUCUGCUUUAAAUUAGCUGAAAAACUUUCAGCCAAGCUAAAUGAUGAUGAGGAAUUCGUAGCAAGAGUCAGCAAAAACUCUCCAUCAACUGUCCUAUUGCUUUUAGAUAGAAGGGAAGAUCCUAUCACACCUCUACUUAAUCAAUGGACUUAUUAAGCAAUGAUUCAUGAAAUUUUAGGAAUAAAUAAUAACAGAGUAGAUAUGAAGAGUAGAGUGUAAAAUAUUCCUGAGGAUAUGAAGGAAGUUGUAAUCUCAUGUGAGGACGAUAAAUUCUUCAGGAAUAUAAUGUAUAAAAACUUUGGUGAUGUAGCAGAGGACAUUCACAACUUAGUAUAGUCAUUCUUGAAGAAUAAGUAAAGCUAAGCUCAAUUUACUUCUAUUGAAGACAUGUAAAGAAUCAUUGAGAAUUUCCCUGAGUUUAAGUAAAGUGAAAGAAACACUACUAAGCAUUUCCAUAUAUUAGAGGAACUGAGAAAAGUUGUAGAUGGUAGAAAGCUGUAUGAUUUAUCAGAAGUCGAGCAAGACUUGGUGUCUGGGAAUGAAAACAAGGCAGGACAUUUCAAAUCAGUUUCUGAUUAAAUCAAUAACGCAGAGAUUAGUAAAAUGGAAAAACUAAGAGUUUCAUUGAUCUUCUGUCUAAGAUACGAGAAUGAUGAGAAAGUUUACAAAGUUAAAGAGAUGCUUAAGAAGCAAGGGCUAGCAGAUUCUUAGGUAAAGAUCAUUGAUUGCAUCAUUGAGUAUGCUGGUAAGGCUAAAAGAGGAGGUGAUUUAUUUUAAAAUAAGGACUUAUUUGCAAGAGGGACAAAGAUCUUUAAAUCUUAUUUCCAGGAGGUGUAAAAUGUGCUUUUACAACAUAAACCCUCUUUAAUGACACAUCUUGAUAACAUAUACAAAGGUAAACUACCAGGUCCAGAAUUCCCAGCAACAAAAGCAACAGAUUUAAAAGAAAAACCACAAAAUGUGAUUGUAUUUAUGGUAGGUGGCACGACCUAUGAAGAGGCCAAAGAAGUAGCUUUGACAUAUAAUCAACAACAAAUUAGAGUUGUUUUAGGUGGUACUUGUAUUCAUAACAUGAAGAGCUUUAUUGCCGAUGUAUCCUAAAUUUCGCUAAUGAAAGGACCAAUGCAGAGUUUCGAGAUUGAAAAUCCAUGA